AAGCGAGUCGUGAUCUGAACGGUGUGGUGGGAGGACAAUCUACCCUAAUCAUCUGCCCCCCCCCCCCCCCCCUCUCUCAACAUUACAGUCGAGCUAGCUGGCUCGCUACGCGACACGAUUGUCCUGUGAUGUUUUUGCUACUGUGAUUUUACUCGGGUAGAUUUUUACAGGAAGAGAUCAAAGAAAUUCGGUUCCUCCUGAUGUCACAGAGCCGUGGAACAACAGAAUCUUUGGAGACAUAACAGCUGUCAUCUUCUGGAAAAACGCGUAGCUAGUUGGCCUUAUAGGAUAGAAAGCUAACAUAGCUCGCUGGCCAUCAAGCGGGGGUGGAUGUUGGUUUCCUGACUCCACAUCCUAUUCCUUUCUGUCGGAUAUAGCGUCGACGUCGCAUGGUCUGUUUCCUCCAGUGUGAGAAGACAUUUGUUCCAAUGGAUCUAAAAACGGCGACGUUCAACGCAGCAAGGGAUGGCAAGCUGCGGUUGCUUCAGAAACUACUAGAGCACAAAACACUACAGGAGAUCGUGUCGAUAAUAUCAGACAAAACCAACGGUGCGACACCUUUACUCAUGGCGUCCAGGUAUGGACACCUGGACUUGGUAGAGUAUCUCUUGGAGUGUUGCUGUGCGCCGGUGGAGGUCGGCGGGUCUGUAAACUUUGACGGGGAAACCAUUGAAGGUGCCCCACCGCUUUGGGCCGCCUCGGCAGCUGGACACCUGAAAGUGGUACAGUCGUUACUGGGCCACGGUGCCUCCGUGAACAAUACCACCCUCACUAACUCUACCCCACUGCGAGCUGCCUGCUUCGAUGGGCACCUGGACAUUGUGAAGUAUCUGGUGGAACAUAAGGCUGACUUGGAGGUAGCCAACAGGCACGGUCACACUUGCCUUAUGAUCUCCUGUUACAAAGGACAUAAAGAAAUAGCCCAGUAUCUGCUUGAGAAAGGCGCCGAUGUAAACAGGAAAAGCGUAAAAGGCAACACGGCGCUCCACGACUGCGCCGAGUCGGGCAGCCUGGAGAUCAUGAAGACGCUGCUGAAGUACGGUGCCUCCAUGGAGCACGACGGCUACGGCAUGACCCCGCUGCUGUCGGCCAGCGUGACGGGACACACCAACAUAGUGGACUACCUGACACAGCUCCAGCAGACCGGCCGGCCGGAGAGGAUCAACGCCCUGGAGCUGCUGGGGGCCACCUUCGUGGACAAGAAGAGAGACCUGCUGGGAGCGCUCAAGUACUGGAGGAGGGCCAUGGACCUGAGAUACAGCGACAGCAACAACAUCCAGUACAAGGCGGAGCCUAAGCAGCUGAUCAUGGCGUACGACUACGCCCGGGAGGUGACGAGCGUGGAGGAGCUGGACAGUCUGAUCUCUGACCCGGACGAGAUGCGCAUGCAGGCCCUCCUGAUCCGCGAGCGCAUCCUAGGCCCCUCCCACCCCGACACCUCCUACUACAUCCGCUACCGGGGUGCCGUGUACGCCGACUCGGGGAACUUUGAGCGCUGCAUCAACCUGUGGAAGUAUGCCCUGGACAUGCAGCAGAGCAACCUGGACCCUCUCAGCCCCAUGACGGCCUCCAGUCUGCUGUCCUUCGCCGAGCUCUUCUCCUUCAUGCUGCAGGACCGAGCAAAGGGCCUCCUGGGAACCUCGGUGUCGUUCGACGACCUCAUGGGCAUCCUGAGGAAGAGCGUGCUGGAGAUUGAGAGGGCAGUGGGGCAGAGCCAGCCUGGUCCGGACCCGGCUCAGCUCAGCAAGGCCCUGGCCAUCAUCCUGCACCUGGUGUGUCUGCUGGAGAAGGUGCCCUGCUCCCUGAAACAGGACCACUUCAAGAAGGAGACUAUCUACAGGUUCCUGAAGCUGCAGCCAUGUGGUAAGAGUGGCUACAGCCCGCUCCACCUGGCUGUGGACCGCAACACCACCUGCGUAGGCCGCUACCCAGUCUGCAAGUUCCCCUCCCUGCAGGUCACAUCCGUCCUGCUGGAGUGCGGCGCCGACGUCAACGCCCGCGACGAAGACCACAACAGCGCGCUGCACGUGGCGGCGUCCAACAACCAGCCCGACAUCAUGAACCUGCUGAUCGCGAGCGGCACGCACUUCGACAGCACCAACGCCUUCCGGCAGACGGCCUGUGACCUGCUGGACGAGAAGGAGAUGGCCAAGAACCUGAUCCAGCCCAUCAACCACACCACCCUGCAGUGUCUGGCUGCCCGUGCCAUCGUCACGCACGGCCUGCCGUACCAGGGCAGCAUCCCCGAGAAGCUGGAGGCCUUCGUCCUGCUGCACAGAUAGGACCCUGGAGAGACCUCCUGGGGAGAGGAGGAGGGGGCUGAACUGCUCCUCCUCCUCCUUGAAGCCUCCUCUCCCCUCUCCCCUCCCUCCUCCACCUGCAGUUGAACUCCCAGUUUGAUUCACCUGGAAGUGGAUGUUUGUAUGUGACCCCCCCCUCCCCUUCAAAGACAGUGGUUACACUGAGUCUCCUGAGGUUGUGGGGGGUCCGGGGGGGACGUUCUGUAAUGUCGGCACAAUGUUUUAAGCUAGAUUCCCCCAUUUCCCCCCCCCCCCCCCCCCACAACUCCCCUUUAAUUUUAAAGUUUUUUUUAUUUUCUUUACUUGCUUUAGACUUGAUUUCUUCAUAUUCCAUACUAUUUAUUAAUCCAAGAUGUCAUUGAGAGAUUUUUCUCCAUGCCUGCCCCUCUGUAUGUUUCUCUCUUUAUGCAAUGUGGAGGAAUAUACCAGGACUUAAACCAUCACUAUUUUGCCAAUAAUUACAUAAAGGUAUGGACUGUCUGUCGCUAUGACUUCUUCCUGCUUUCAGCUCUGCGGGUAGUUUGUCCCAGACCUGGGACCCGCUGAGAUGGGAGGGGCCCAAGCGUUAGCAAGCUUUCUGAGAAGGGUGAUCGUUUGCAAAUACCAUAAGUGCUUUAUUUCUCCUAUGUAUAGGCUCCAUGAUACCAGACUGUUCAGUGUCUGCACUUGUCUGUGCAACAACUUGCUUUUUACUUCUUUUGUUCGUUUUAGUUUUUUUAAUUUUUUUUUGUGGUGACUGCCUGUUCCUUCAUGUUCCCACGGUUACGCUAAGAGGGGGAGCAACAAUUGCUGGAUGAUCUGUUUUGUGGGGGGGGGUUGGGGUGGGGGGGUAGUUGCCAGAGGUGUGUGUGUGUGGAGGGGCGUAGGUGCGGGUGAGACCCUCAUACUUCCUGUCGACGAUGACCUUUGACCCUGGUUGUCGCCGUCUGCGAGCUCUUAAACAAAGACGAAGGUCGGUUUGGGGUUCAGACACAGCCACGCAUGGGGCAUACACCUUUUUAGUAUUUUACAUUUUGACUAUCCAUCCUUUGACUCCAUCUGAGCUGUGCACAUCAUAUCAAUCAUGGUGUAAACACCCUGACCCACGUUAAGAGGCCCCCAUCACAACGUCAACACCUAUCCUGUAGGAGGACAGGAAAGAGGACAGGAAAGAUGCUCUCUCUUGUGGGAGAAGCUUAGCUUGGUGAAAAUGACUUUGCACAUUAGCUUUAGUAAAAAAAGAAAAGAAAACAGAAAAGGGCUUUUUUUUCCAUACUUUUAGGAACAACUUUCUCCUGUAAAGACGGAUAGAGAACAACACAACUGUACAGACCUAGCCCAUGGGGGGGUACAUGCUUUAAUUCUGCACUUUAUUCCACCAGAAUGGUAAGACUUCAUACCAACAUAAUGGCAACAUAAAUCAAGUUCAUGUCUUAAAGAACCGAUUUGACAAUAAAAACCCAUUGUUGCACUCGU